CUUCACUUCAUAUUUGACUUCAUACAGCAACAACGGCUCUCGCGUUGGCAUUAACGAACCAACCCGCACACUGAGGCCGCAGCAGACCUACCAAAAGUUGACUCUAUCUCAAAUCUUCAACCUCUACACCCGUAAAUCAACAAGGAACCCCGCGGUGUUAUGCCCCACGCUGUAUCAAUGCCGUCAACUGGGCUUCAAGCCCUCAUCCUUUGCGGGCCUGGCUCGUCGUUCCCGACAUUCACCUCUAACCCAGAUGAGAGCCCCAAAGCCCUUCUCCCUAUUGCAAACCGACCUAUGGUCUGGUACGCGCUUGAUUUCUGCUAUCGAAUGGGCAUCACAGACAUAAAUCUUGUCUGUCCUCCUACAGCAUCCGAGGCUAUCUCAACUGCUCUUAACACUAACCUUCACCUAACUGCGCUGCCUUUGCCACGGCCCGACAUUCUCUCACCAGUAGACCUUGAUCAAAACACAGGCACUGCUGAGAUCCUGCGGCUGCCAGAGAUUAGGAAGAUUAUCACUGGUGAUUUUGUAGUACUCCCUUGUGACUUGGUCUGCGAACUUGGAGGAGACAAGCUUCUACAAUCAUGGAUGGUCAAGUCAGCUAGUCUGACAGACUUGCUUGAAAUUGCAAGGCUUUCCAACGGUCAUCGAUCAGUUCACAGCGGUGCACUUGGCGUUUGGUAUGACACCAAGGCAGUUGCACCUGUCAAGAAGGAGGAGACAGACUUCAUUGCGACGACACCGUUGCCUUCAACUCCUGUUACGCCAUCAAAGGGAUCUCUUUUCUCAAACUUGUCAAAGCUGGUGUACUCCAUGCCAACAGACUCUUUGAGAGAUUUAACAGAAGACAAGGGCUCACUUCCUAUUCGACACGGAUUGUUGCGUGCCCAUUCUCGUGUACGAAUGUUCACGACACACCGAGAUGCUCACAUAUACAUCUUCCCUCGAUGGGUUCUCGAUUUUGUCAAGGAUAACGAGCGAAUGGAGAGUAUUGGUGAGGAUGUUGUCGGAUGGUGGGCGAAGGCUGGGUGGCAAUCCGGUCUUGCCGACAAGUUGAAGCUCGAGAGUGCUUGUGCCCAAGGUCGGGUUGAGGAGACCAAGGACGAUGAACGACCAAGCUCGCCUUCCCGAGUUUCCACCCCAGAUCACAUCCAAAGUGAUUGGAACUCAUACGGAGACACAGCUGCCGAGACAUCAGUGCCGAGUAUUGCAGUUGAUGACGAACCAUCAGCUGCCGAGAAGUCGAAAUCGUUCCAAGUCCCGCCGAUCAUUGCCUAUGUCCACCCGGGUGGGAGCUCAGCUCCUUUGAUUCGCCGCGUUGACACGGCACAGCUGCUGCUCGCUAUUUCACUUCAGCUGGCCAAGCUUCCAUCACUCGAAGAGGCAGGCGGAGAGUCACCAUCACCAUAUGCACAUGCAAAGAAGAUCGCUUACCCUGAAGGCGUUAAGGCACGCACGACAAUCACACAAAAGGACAGCCUCAUUGCAGAGAAUGUAACUGUGGAGGAGAAGACCUCUAUCAAAGAAACUGUGAUCGGCGCCGGCUCGCAGAUCAACGAGGGUGCCAAGCUCUCCCAGUGUCUACUUAUGGAAGGAGUUGUUGUUGGCAAGGCAUGCAAGCUGACACGUUGUAUUAUCGGAAAGAGAGCAGUCAUUGGAGAUGGAUCUAUCUUGACCGACUGUGAGGUCCAAGAGAAUCUGCUCGUUGAGGCUCGAACUGAGGACAAGGACAACAAACUCAUGAGCUCUGAGGGUUUGGAGGCCACAGAAGCUGAGAUGGAGGAAGUCCUCCAGGACAUGGAGGCUGACGCCGAGCAAGCAGUGAUGGAUUAACUUAGAAUCUCGGAUGUAACCGUAAACGGAGAAGCAUUGAAUAGAGUUAUUCGCUUGUUUGUUUCGAACCAACGCUCUGCUAUUACCCUCACUUCCAAUAUCACCACUAUGGUUGCAUUUCACGUGUGGUGUUGAAUGUUCGAGACUUUUCCUUACAGCGCAUGGUAGUAUCGAGGCCCCCCGGUAUGCCCAAGCCGAAUGGAUGUCCGUCAAAGUGCCAUCGCCACCUGGGGAAUACGAUAAGUUGGAAUGGAAUCACCGGCGAAUGCUGGAUUCAAUAUCGCUUGACGGGAAACGUCUGACUUGAGACACACGAUGUCACCUCCCAACCGUGCCGAGCUAUCCUUCGCGAGCAGCUUAGCAAAAUGUCUCGCCUCACGUUCAUCCGGACAGCAGCAGCUCUGCAAGGAGAGCAUUGCCGAUCAGGAAAUCGUACGACUCUGCACUUUUGGAUGUUUCUUACCAAGAACUUUGGGGGAUAUCUCUUUCUCGAUAGCAACAGCACUAACUAGAUGUGAAGCGCUGUCGAGGUUGGGGAUAAGACCGACGAUCGUAAGACGGGACGAAACUAAUGCGAUGUCACCCUAAUCAAGUCACUUCACUUAACUUAACACAUUGAGGGCGUGUUCAGAUAUCGUCCCUGUCCCUCUCUCUAUCCGCGCUUUGACGAUGUAGCUGAUCGGAAAAGGUGUCGCUGUUGUUGGUUCGCUUCCCUUCUACGCGUAAGCGCGCGUGGGCCUAAGGUAUCUAGGGAAUUCGGAACCGAACCACGACGGGUAAUCCAGCCUUGCAGUGACAUUCUAAACGUAAGACUAUCGCAAUGUCCACUCUGCGGGCGUGGGAAGUGACCGGCUGACCGCGUAUCCUCUUUAUGGCUGGAGAGUGACAGCUUGUCGUUAAGUCAGGCAGUAUGCCGUACGGCGGCCGCACCGCCCGCAGAUCGAGAGAAUAUACUGAAAUCGAAAGCUGAAGCAGAGGCUGUUGUUCACUAAGAAAGUAAAGGAAAAAAGUAGGGUCCAGUAUGCAUAGAUUGAGUUUCGUGGAUCUUUCUACAGGGCUGCGAUUGUUUAGAUUGCCAUGUUGAAACGAAACAAAGUGGCUUUGAUAUAAUAACGACUUUUUCUAUAGAUAGAAUAUGCACCUCUUUUGACAGCC